AUGCGCCAGUCUUGCCGCGCAGCUGCGGCUGCCAUGGCAGCAUCUGCUAAUGCUGCCUCGCUCGCCGAUCUUUGCACGGUUUCCAACGUCCAGGCGGCUCUUCCCGCCAACGGCACCCUUCUCGGCAUUGAGCUGCUGCCCUCGACCGUCACGGCCGCCGCCGUCUACAAUGCCAGCGCCGGCAUGGGCAGCACCGAGACCUACUCGUACUGCAACGCCACCGUCAGCUAUACCCACACCGGCAAGGGCGACGUCAUCCCCAUCAAGCUAGCUUUCCCGGACCCCAGCGACUUUGAGAACCGCUGGUACCUUGCUGGUGGUGGAGGCUUCUCCAUCUCCUCCGAUGCCACCGGCGGUCUCGCUUACGGCGCCGCCUCCGGAGCCACCUCGGCCGGCUACGAUGCCUUUGACUACAGCUACGACGAGAAGGUCCUCUACGGCAACGGCUCCAUCAACUGGGAUGCCACCUACGCUUUCGCUUACACUGCCCUUGGUGAGCUCACCAAGAUUGGCAAGCCCACCACUCAGGGUUUCUACGCCCUGACCACCGACACCAAGAUUUACACCUACUUUGAGGGUUGCUCUGACGGUGGUCGUGAGGGUAUGUCCCAGGUCCAGCGCUGGGGUGAGGAGUACGAUGGUGUCGUCGCCGGUGCUCCCGCUUUCCGAUUUGCUCAGCAGCAGGUUCACCACGUCUACCCUGCCACCGUUGAGCAGGUUACCGGUUACUUCCCCGAGCCCUGCGCUCUCGACAAGAUUGUCAACGCUACCAUUGAGGCUUGCGACCCUCUUGACGGCCGUACCGACGGUGUCAUUUCUCGCACUGAUCUUUGCAAGCUCAACUUCAACCUCACCUCCAUCAUUGGCCAGUCGUACUACUGCGCUGCCACUACUUCGAGCUCCCUUGGUUUCGGCUUCAGCAAGCGUGCUGAAGGCAGCCAGACCAGCACCACCCCCGCCCAGAACGGCACCGUCUCUGCUGAGGACGUGGCCAUUGCCCAGGCCGUCUACGAUGGUCUCCACUCCUCGGACGGAAAGCGUGCCUACCUCUCGUGGCAGAUUGGUUCCGACCUCAGCGAUGCCGACCCUACCUACAACAACGAGACUGGCGAGUACGAGCUCAACAUCCCCUCCACUGGUGGUGAGUACGUCACCAAGUUCGUUCAGCUGCUCGACCUCGACAACCUGUCGGACCUGAACAACGUCACCUACGACACUCUCGUCGACUGGAUGAACACUGGUAUGAUCCGUUACCUCGACAGCUUGCAGACCACCCUGCCCGACCUCACCCCCUUCCAGUCCACUGGCGGAAAGCUGCUCCACUACCACGGCGAGUCUGACCCCAGUAUUCCCUCGCCCUCUUCCGUCCACUACUGGCAGUCGGUCCGCUCCGUCAUGUACCCCGACCUGUCCGACGAGGAGGCUCAGGAGGCUCUUGCCGACUGGUACCAGUUCUACCUGAUCCCCGGUGCUGCCCACUGCGGUACCAACUCCCUCCAGCCCGGCCCCUACCCCGAGGACAACAUGGCCACCAUCAUUGCCUGGGUCGAGCAGGGUGUCACUCCCAGCUACCUCAACGCCACCGUCUCCUCGGGCACCUACGAGGGUGAGGUCCAGCAGCUCUGCCAGUGGCCCCUCCGUCCUCUCUGGUCGGGCAACAGCUCCACCUUUGACUGCGUCAGCGACGAGGCCUCCAUUGACAGCUGGACCUACACCUUUGACGCCUUCAAGCUCCAGCCCGUCUACUAA